CUUGGCGAGGAGGAGGCUGGAGGAUGAUGGGUUCAGGCGGCUGUGACUCACCGACAGGCGUCUGAGCGGGAAGCGCCUCGGUGGGUUAGCGGCUAAACGACCAAAUGCAGCCGAGGGGAUCGAAUGAUGCAGUGCGCUUUGUUCGGUGAUUCACGAGGGGAAACUCUGAAACAUUAUGAAGAUCACAGAUGCCCCUGUCUAGGAGGAAAGAGCAGGGAGUGCCCAGGAUGUCCUCGUGCCUAGGACGCAAGUAGCCACUCAGCUGGGAUUUUAAAAGGACACGGACGGAAGAUGAAAACUGGGCGAUGCUUGUGGCGGAUGCACUUCCAGACGUACGCGUCCUUCUACAUUGUUCAUCCUCAGGAUCACGUCAUUUACGGGGCAGAGAGGCCAGGCGCCGCGGUUUAUACCUCUGCGAUGUGCUUCGUCACCCAUUAGCACCUGCUCAGAGUGGACCGCGCCAUUCCCUGACCUUAUCAGAAACUGGCCUGUGGAUCGUGGGAUGUGGCGAAGAUGCCGCCCCUACGAGGACUGCUGCGGCUCCAGGUGCUGCGUGCGGGCCCUCUCCAUCCAGAGGCUGUGGUACUUCUGGAGGCCAGCAGCCGGGACUGCUGUAUUACACGGACCCCGGAGGACCAGGGGUGAAUGCGCCUGGGAACCCUGUGGCCAUGGCUUUCCAGGUCCAGCCCAACUCGCCCCUGGGAGGCACGGCCUACCCGCCACCUCCUUCCUACUGCAACACGCCCCCGCCCCCCUACGAACAGGUGGUGAAGGCCAAGUAGCGGGCGCGCCCGGAGCCUGCCUGGGCGACGCUGCGGGGGCAGGGAGAGGCCUUUCCAGGCUGCCUUCCCCGUCCCCGUUCGCUUCCAGAAUGAUCUUAUGAGCCGCUGAGGGCGAGUUCCUCUUUGAUGUCUUCAAAGCAAGCACAGCUCCCUUUCAAGUUUUCCGUGGACGACCAAUAUUUGAAGCCACCCCGUAUCCCUCUGUUUCUGAUGUAAUCUGUGCUCUGGCAGAGCGUGGACAGUCCCCAAGGGUUGACACCCUAGGGACCCUCCGGAGAGAGACUGAGAGGCGGCAAACAAGGCUGGCGUGUCCGGGGAGCCUGGGCGAGCGCACAGAGCGGCUUCCGCCCCCCUCCGUGGAACGAGGCCCUGGGGUCGGCUCCGUGAGCCCCUCAUCCUGUCGUCUUCCUUUUCACGAUGCUGCUAGAGAGACGUUUGCUGGAGAAGCCUUCCUGCAUUUUCAUCUCCCUCACCUGAAGGUGAAAGGGUCGCCCCCUGCUCACAGCCGGGGCUGGGAGAGGCUGUGUACAGCUGUCCGUGCAAGGGGAUGGGCACCCCGAAUUAGGCCACGUGGGGUGUCUGCAGUUAUUUGAAAGUCACCAAGGAAAACUAUUUAAAUUCCUGGGAAGUCGCUCCCUGCCCCAGACGGGGCCCUGCAUUUCACGGGCGCCUGGUCCAUCCUGGGAAAAGCGUUUCCUCUUUCCAGUGCAUUUGCGCAGCCCUGUCCUUUGAAAAGGUCAGCCUGAGCACGUGUCAGGCGACCAGAGGUCUCCGCACCCUUCCCCACAGCUUUCAUAGAGGACACUUUCAGAGUGGAGAGGCACAUCUGGCUGGGAGUCACAUCGGCCCGUGGGGAGGGGCGUCCCGGCAGGGCUGUGGUCUGUGCGACCUCAGCAGCUGGGCGCUGGGCUCCUAAGAGGAAGCGCUUGCUGAGGGAAAGGCAGGAACGCAGUGUCUCAGGGCGGUAGGCAGGUCUCCCAGUCCCGACUAGGUUCCAUGGACCCUUGUUCAAGGUCGGGGUGGAGGAGAUGUGGCCGGCGAGGCCAGGCCUGUCUCACCCUGGGAUCUGGCGAGCUGUCCCCAGCAUCCUCAGCGUCGUUGACAGUGAGCGGGGAGGUUCUGUCUGUAGUUAGUGAUGCUGAUAGCGUAGUGUUUAAACCCAGAGUGACACCCGGUGGGUGGGCCAGGACGUGUAGGUCCCUGACGUGCAGCAGCGAGGUGGCAGGCUCGGUGGCGGGAGCUUGUUUUCAGGUGAACAAAUUGGGGCCCCAGGAGAAACUUAGAUGUGAGCACAGCGACAGUGUGUUGGAGUCGGUGCCGAGGGGUUUUCAAUCCCUGGACCUCGGUGUCCCUGCUCUCCUGGGACGUCCCUAUGGGCCAGAGUCCCUGCUCCUCCAAGGACGGAGACUCUGGGAGCCCCCAGGGGACCCCACGGGACACGCCCGGAGCCAAACCAGCGCCCCAGAGACGCGCUCUGUGAGCACAGACGCUGCUGCUGGUGUCUCGACCACCAUCAUGUGACCUCUGCCCUCCGGUCCCCGACCGCAGGACCUCCCCACGCUGGGCUCCUCCUCCGAAACGAGCCAGCACAGCACAGCGUUCGCUGCUGACGACCACGUGGCCCGGGAAGCUCCUCCUCCCCCAGGUCGCGUUUGCUGCGUUUUUAACGUCUGCGUUUGCUGCAUUUUUAAUGUCCGCGUCUCCCUCGCGUCUUUAAGGACCCAGUGCCCGAGGGCCGCCCGGCUCGGGGUCAGACGCGGCUGAGCAGGUGCCCACGUCCGCGACGGAGUCCGCUUCAUCCUUUUUGAUAGCAAAUGAUCUUAAGAGACUGGACGGUGUAGGCAGCACUCGACCACUUGGUAGUUCUGUGUUUGUGUUGGACACGUCCCCUUUUCCCUCGGAGCCCACGGGGCGCCUGCUCACGCCGCCCGCACUGGCCCCGGGUGUGGCAGGCGGUUCCCGGCCAUUCUCGUCUCCUCUGUGCGGCCCGUGUGGCGUGCCCGCCGCCCCGAGGGAGGCCGCUCCUGGCACAUCCGAGUCCCAAGGGGUCAGUGGUCAGAGGUGAACUUGGAGCAGAUCUGUGCAUGUUUUUUUCUCCGCAGCGUCAGGCUCAUUUCUCUUUUCUGUACUCUUUUGAUAGAGUCCUGUUUCCUAUGUACGCAAAAUAAAAAUAAAUUUGGGCA